UAUCUCCCGCUCAAUGUAGGGAUUCUUACACUAGGCAACUGCCUUGUGUAUUAUACAAACGCAAGUGCAUGCAAAUGGUCAGGAACAAGUCGGUUAAAUUGUUUUCGUCGCGUUCAGUAAACAAAAAUCAUCUUGUUUUUCUUUCUUUUAUCUGUGUGAAUAACAUCGAUGCGAAUAACAUGCCUAUCUGAUUCCUCCUUGCAUCAUGUACAUUAAACAGGUAAUUAUUCAAGGAUUUAAAUCGUAUCGUGAACAGACAAUUGUUGAGCCUUUUGAUCCAAGGCACAAUGUAGUAGUUGGUAGAAACGGGUCUGGCAAGAGUAAUUUUUUUUAUGCCAUUCAAUUUGUCCUGAGCGAUGAAUUCUCCCAUCUUAGACCCGAGCAGCGGCAAGCGCUGCUGCAUGAAGGAACCGGACCUCGUGUUAUAUCUGCUCAUGUAGAGAUUAUAUUUGAUAAUUCUGAUGGGAGAUUGCCGAUUGAUAAAGAUGAAGUCUAUUUAAGAAGAGUGAUUGGUUCCAAGAAGGACCAAUAUUUUCUUAACAAAAAGAUAGUGACAAGAAACGAUGUAAUGAAUUUAUUAGAGUCGGCAGGAUUUUCUAGAUCUAAUCCUUAUUACAUUGUGAAACAAGGAAAGAUAAAUCAAAUGGCAACAGCACCAGAUUCACAGAGAUUAAAAUUAUUAAGAGAAGUGGCAGGCACUAGAGUAUACGAUGAUAAGAGGGAAGAAUCAAAAUCCAUUUUGAAAGAAACAGAAGGAAAACUAGAAAAAAUUGAAGAUUUUCUACGAACUAUAGAGGAGCGUUUAAAGACACUCGAGGAAGAGAAAGAGGAAUUGAAAGAGUAUCAACUCUGGGACAAACAACGUCGUUGCUUGGAAUAUACUAUUCAUGAACGCGAACUCAAAGAAAAUAAAAAGAAAUUAGAAGAUCUCGAGAAGUCAAGGGCAAAUAGUGGAGCUGAACAGGUGAGGUUGGGAGCAGAAGCAAAAACUGCGCAAGAGAUGGUACGUGCAGCUACAAAACGAUUAAAGGAAGCAAAAAAGGAAGUACAGUCUUCCAAGGAGGAGAGAGACACUCUUAGUGCGGAGCAACAGCAGUUAUUAAAAGAGAAAAACAAAUUGACUUUUACUAUUAAUGACUUACUGGAGGAAGUAAAAGGUGAUAAUGAUAGCAAGAAACGAGCUCAACAAGAAUUGGAAAAGUUAAAAGCUAAUAUUACUGAACGGGAAAAGGAAUUAAACGAUCUUAAGCCAAAAUAUGAUCAAAUGAAACGCGUCGAGGAAGAGUGUUUACGAGAAUUACAAUUAAAAGAGCAGAAACGUAAAGAAUUAUAUGCUAAACAAGGUCGUGGCAGUCAAUUCACCACUAAGGAUGAAAGAGAUAAAUGGAUUCAAAAUGAGCUUAAACAGCUCACCAAACAGAUAAAAGAUAAAGAGGAGCAUUACAAAAAAAUUAGCGAUGAUUUAAAGCGCGAUGCCGAGAAACAGAUCGCUCUGGAAAAAAAGAUAGGAGAUCACACACGCGAGAUGGAACGACAGCGCACAUCGAUAGACGAUCAUAAUAAACAAUAUUACGAGCUCACUAAAUCGAAGGAUCAGUGUCAAGCCACUCGAAAAGAACAAUACCGACAAGAAAGUGUACUGCAAUUAAAUUUAUCUGGUCUAAAGGAAGAUUUAGCGAAAGCAGAUCAGAGCUUAAGAUCUAUGGCUGGCAAACCUAUUUUGAAUGGCAGAGACAGUGUACGUAAAGUACUAGACACUUUCCGUACGAGGACAGAUAUGGCCCAAGAAGUGAGCAGUUACUAUGGACCUGUAAUUGAGAACUUUAAUUGCGACAAGAGCGUUUAUAUGGCUGUUGAAGUAACUGCUGGGAACCGAUUGUUUCAUCAUAUUGUGGAAACUGAUAAAUUCGGCACAAAAAUCUUAAAAGAAAUGAACAAUCAACGAUUGCCAGGAGAAGUGACUUUUAUGCCUUUAAAUAGACUUCACGUGAAGGAAAUUGAUUAUCCUCAGACCAGUGAUGCUAUACCCAUGAUAUCCAAGUUGAAUUAUGAUCCUAAAUUUGAUAAGGCAUUAAGAUAUAUAUUUGGGAAAACUUUAAUCUGCCGUAAUUUGGAAGCAGCUACGACUUUGGCACGAGAUUCUGGUUUAGAUUGUGUUACAUUAGAAGGAGAUCAAGUUUCAUCCAAAGGUUCCUUAACUGGUGGUUAUUUCAAUACGCUCAGAUCACGGCUUGAAAUACAGAAAACCAGAUCGGAAUUAAUGUCUCAAAUUUCUACUCUCGAGACUCAAUUAACGACGCUUAAGGAUGAAAUCAGAAAAGCUGAUCAAAAUAUCAGUUCUUAUGUUAGCGAAAUGCAGAAAACUGAAACUAGAAAUAGUAAAGCCAAAGAUAUAUAUGACAAAAUGAAAGCAGAAAUACGUAUUAUGAAGGAAGAGUUGAGCGCGAUAGAAAGGUGUCGAACACCUAAAGAAAGAAGCCUUCAACAGUGCAAAUCAAGUUUAGAAGCGAUGUGUGCGACUAAAGACGGCCUGGAAAGUGAAUUACAUCAGGAACUUAUGGCGCAAUUAUCUGUCGCUGAUCAGCAUCAGGUCGAUACCUUAAAUGAUGAUAUAAGGCGUUUAACGAAGGAAAACAAGGAAGCAUUUGCAAAACGAAUGCAAUAUGAAGCAGAAAAGAAUAAGUUGGAAAAUUUAUUAACAAACAACUUAGUGAGAAGAAAUGACGAGCUAAUUCAAGCUUUACAAGAGAUAUCGGUUGAAGAUCGACAGCGACAACUCGACGCGUCCAAGAUCCAGUUGGCGGAUAUUGAAAAGAGAUUAAUGAAAGUAAAUGAGGAUAUUAAAGCGCAGAAUGAAAAAGUUACUGCUGCUAUGAAAAAACAAAAAUCAGAAUCUUCUGAAGUCGAAAAAUGGAAAUUGAAAGAAAAAGAAGCACAGGAGAAAAUAGAAGCUGACGCAAAAGAUUUCGAGAAACUAGCGAGCAAAUUAAAUAUCUUGCAGCAAAAAAUAGCAGAGUGUACACAGAAAAUUACUGAGCUAGGCGCACUGCCGAGUCAAGAAAUUUAUAAUAAAUUUAAUAAUAUGUCCACAAAACAGCUCUUUAAAGAAAUGGAAAAGGCAAACAAUCAUUUAAAAAAAUACAGCCAUGUAAAUAAGAAAGCCUUGGAUCAAUUCAUGUCCUUCAGCGACCAAAAAGAAAGACUAGUAAAACGAAAGGAAGAACUAGAUCGAGGCGACGAGAAAAUAAAAGAACUCAUGUCAGUACUCGAACAGCGCAAGUGCGAGGCGAUACAAUUUACGUUUAAACAGGUGAGUAAAUAUUUCAGCGAAGUUUUCAAAAAACUUGUACCUUCGGGGCAUGCGCAAUUAGUCAUGAAAACUGCGGAUGGCGACGAAGGAGAUGAUGGUACAGCGGAGCCAUCUGAUUCUGAUAGAUUUAUUGGUGUUGGUAUAAGAGUAUCAUUCACGGCACAUAGAGGCGAAAUGCGAGAGAUGAAUCAACUCUCUGGUGGACAAAAGUCACUUGUAGCAUUGGCAUUGAUAUUCGCGAUUCAAAAAUGCGAUCCGGCACCAUUUUAUUUGUUCGAUGAAAUCGAUCAGGCGUUGGAUGCACAACAUAGAAAGGCGGUAGCGGAUAUGAUCCACGAGCUUAGUUCGGAUGCACAAUUCAUUACCACGACUUUCAGACCGGAAUUGCUGCAUCAUGCGAAUAAAUUUUAUGGAGUAAAGUUCAGAAAUAAAGUUUCGCACGUCGAAUGUGUGACGCAGGAAGAAGCUGCCGACUUCGUCGAGGACGAUACAACGCACGGUUGAAAUAUAGAAAUAUCUUAUUUAAAAAAUGUUUAUAAUACAGAAAACUUUUUUUAUAUAUAUAUAUAUAUUGAUAAUUUUUUAUAAAACUGAUAUAUGAGAUAACAGAUAUAAAGAAAAAGAAAGAAAACCUGUUUUUUUAUUUUUUUUUUUUUUUACAUUUAAUUAUUUGCAUUCUGUGCAUAUUAUAGCAUAUAAUAUGCAAAGAAAUCAUAUAAUUAGUAAUUAAAAGAAAGAUUUGGAUUGUGUACUUUAUUUUUUUAAGAUUAAUACUUGUAUUAUGUUACAAAUUACUUAUCAAAUUAAGUAAACUAUAUAUGUGAAAUGUAACAUAAAUUUUGAUACAUUUGAUUUUCAAAAGAAUAUGAAUGUAAGAAUAAAAAUUUACAUGAUUUAAAUUUUUGAUAUUUGUAAAAUUAUUUUUUUGUAUUAUAAACUUUAUAAGAUAAAAACUAAGGGAGAUAAGAGAAAUGUAAUAAUAAUAAUAAUAAUAAGUAUGCAUGUGACAAAAAAUCUUUGAAUUACUAUUUCAUUAUUCAAGACAAUUUUUAAAAUGAAUAUAGAAAAGUAAUAAAAAGACAAUAAAUGUUCUAAAGUAAAAGAGAGGAAUUUGGUUUAAAAAGAAGUUUAUUUAUUUGAAGCAUUCUUCUUGUAUUAUUUGCUUUAAUCAUACUUCGCAUUCAUCACAUUAUAUUAUAUAAUUUUUAGUAUUAAAAACUAAGUAAUCUUAAUAAAAUAAAUGUUAGCAGAUGCAUCAUAUACAGAAAUAAUUUCACUUUACUAUUUUAAGGGAUUAAUGUUUUUUAUAGCAAAUUAGGUUUGAUGCGUUUAGUGCACUUCUAGUGUGCAUAUAGUGCAGCCAAUCAUUCCUUAUUAGUUUUAGAUUAUUUUUGUACUUAAAAUAUAACACUAUCGCAGUAGUAGUGAUAUUCAUGGCUUAGCCAUUGGAUUGUGUUUUUUAUAAGUGAAUAUUACAUAUUAAGAAUUCACAGUUAUACUAUUUUUUCUUUGCGCAGAACUUCACGUAUAUACAUAUAUAUAUAUAUAUAUAUAUAUAUAUAUAU